AUGGUUCUCACAUCCUCCGCGCGCGAUUACUUCAACCGCAUCUUGCAGGACAUCUCUGGCAUGAAAGUUCUAAUCCUUGAUUCUCAAACGGUAAGUAUUGUGAGUGUUGUGUACUCACAGUCAGAACUUCUUCAGAAAGAAGUGUUUUUGGUAGAAUUGGUGGAUUCGAUUUCCAAGUCAAACGAACCAAUGUCGCAUCUUAAGGCCAUUUACUUCCUUCGACCUACAUCAUAG